AUGUCGCAUAACAUUUCCGUCAAACCCUCGCUUGAGGAUAUUCAGGAGUUCAUCGCUGCUGGCGCAGGCAACACCAUCCCCAUCUUUGCCGAGAUCCCCGCUGAUAUGUUGACUCCUGUGAUGGCAUACCUCAAGGUGUCCGACAAGUGUGACUACUCCUUCUUGCUCGAGUCCAUUGCUGGAGGCGAAAAGAUUGGGCGCUACAGUUUUAUUGGCAGUGACCCGUACAAAAUCCUCAAGACAGGACCAGAGGAGGCUCUUCAGGGAGACCCAUUGACCAUCCUGGAGAAGGAGUUGAAGAACAUUCGCUACGUCAAGGUCAAGGGGAUUCAGGACUUCACAGGAGGCGCCAUCGGAUACAUUGGAUACGACAACGUCCAGUAUUUUGAGCCCCGCACCAAGCGCGACGACCUUCAGGACCCCAUUGGCUUGCCCGACGCCGUCUUCUUGUUCUGCGACACCAUUGUCAUCUUUGACCAUCUCUACCAAAAGAUCCAGGUCGUGACCCACUACCGCUCCGAUGUCACCGACCCGGCUGAGGUUGAAAUCCAGUAUUUGAAGGCUGUCGAGGAGAUCCAAAUCACCAUUGACUUGUUGGAGAACGAGAUCACGCCCAAGAUUCCCCAGCCUCGCGUCAUUCUCGGCCAGGAGCCCGUCUCGAACGUUGGCAAGGAUGGAUACGAGGGCUUCGUCACCGACUUGAAGAAGCACAUCAAGCUCGGAGACAUUAUCCAGGCCGUUCCUUCGCAACGUCUCGCCAAGCCCACCUCGCUCCACCCUUUCAACAUCUACAGACACUUGCGCUCCAUCAACCCUUCGCCCUACAUGUUCUAUCUGGAUUUGAAGGAUUUUACCCUCGUCGGAGCCUCGCCUGAGAUGUUGGUCAAGGUUCAGGAUCGUGUUGUAUUUACUCAUCCUAUUGCCGGUACCCGGAAACGCGGUGAAACUCCUGAGAAGGACAUUGAGUUGGGCGAGGAGCUGUUGGCGGAUCCCAAGGAGAGAGCCGAACACAUCAUGUUGGUCGAUCUGGGACGCAACGAUGUCAACAGAGUCUGCAAGCCCGAGUCGGUCAAGGUUGACUCGUUGAUGCACUUGGAGAGAUACUCGCAUGUGAUGCACAUUGUCUCCAACGUCUCUGGAACGCUGAGAGAGGACAAGACGCCAUUCGAUGCAUUCAGAUCGAUCUUCCCCGCUGGAACGACCUCGGGAGCGCCCAAGGUCCGUGCGAUGGAGCUGAUCUCUGACCUGGAGAAGACCAAGCGCGGAGUGUACGCAGGAGCUGUUGGUCACUUUGACUAUGCUGGUGGAUUGGAUACGUGCAUUGCGCUGAGGACGAUGGUUGUCAAGGAUGGUGUCGCGUACUUGCAGGCAGGAGGCGGCAUUGUGCACGACAGUGUUGAAGAGGACGAGUACCAGGAGACGAUCAACAAGCUCGGAUCGAACUUGACUGCAUUGAAGGUGUGCGAGGAGUACUACUACCGCAAGCAGCAGCUCGAGGGCCAGUUGUAG